CUAGAGCAGCAUGAGGUCCAUGAACGAUAUUAGAGCGUCCUCGUCGACCCUGUCGGGGGCGCCUAGCUUAACCAUGAGCAAACCGAGCUUGAACAACAGCAAGGCCAGCCUCACGCACAGCAGACAGAGUAUGAACGUUUCAGAUGGGGAAGAGCGGCCACCGACCAGGGAGGAGCUGAUUGCCGAGUUCCUGGAUAAGGCAAAGUUUUACACCUCGCUCUGUUUAGGCACAACGGCAAUCCUGUCAGUGUUUGCGUUUCUCUUUCUGAUACCGUUCGUGGUGGAUCCCGCCAUAUCAACGAUCGUGGCCGACUACGAUCCCGUCCCGGUGACGUGCGUCGUGACGGACCAUGUGUACGCGGAAGGCAUGCGCAACUGUACGUGGAGCUCGUGUCGGGAAGGCUGCACGACUGCCGCCAUCCGGUGCCAUCAGCUGCUGGUGAACUACACCAAGAUCGCGUUCCACGAAUGGCACAAGCAUCCGCGAGAUCUCGACAGCAUCGAGUGGGACGUAAUGGAUACGAAGUUUCUCGUCAACACCGAAGGGUGCGGGUAUCCACCGCGGGUGAAUUGUUCCGAAUUCGCUAAACAGUACGGUUACUCCCACGUUGGGGAACCGUUCCCAUGCUACUACAGUCGUGCCUACCCGGAGAUAGUGGUUGCUCGCUACUCCUGGGAUGACAAUCUGAAGCACCUGAUACUGUCGCUGAUCAUACCGAACGUACUGUUCGCCGUGUCGAUCGGUGUGCUGAGCUACUGGUAUUGUCCUUGCUGUGAUAAAGCCUGCCACAAGUCGCCUCGAGUCUACGCGGAGAAGUAUCCUACGAAAGAGAACAAACUUCUAUGCCGUAGUGACGAUGAGGAAGACGAACUAGACUACUGAAUAAUAUAAAAAUACACCCACACACAAACACACGCGCACACGGUCUCUCCUCCUUCUGUCUUAAAAACAGACAAAAAACACACACACACACACACAAGUACAGAUUAAAAUUUUCACCAACCAGCAGCCAAAUGUUUGCGUUUUGAUAGUACACACUUUCACACAGUAUGUUUCAAUAUCUUGCUGUACUGGUUGAAAAGAUUCGUUCAUUUUUACCACAAACAGUUUUUUUUUCAUUUUGUUCACCCCAUACAACCCCCCAACGUGACGCACGGCAUCACGCGGGUUGAGCAUUAGAUUUUUGUCAGUUUUUCUGUUCCUUUUGCCUGAUGGUAUACACAUGCCAGCCCACUCUCGCGCCACACCGCUCUCGGCACCCGGGAGCAACACCCGGGCCACACGCCCCCCCCCCCCCCCCCUCUUCUCCCCCACACCCCCGGCCCACCUCCAUCAGUGGGAUCAAUCGGCACACGUGAGAGGGUAUUGCAUACGCAUCGGCAAAAACGCAACAGGACCGCAGGAUACUUUUGAGCGCUAGUAAAUAAGAUACAACUAGUCCAAGUUUACUUAGCAUACCUCUCAAACUAUUGCUUUCUGUCACAGCCAGUUCUUUUACCAUCCCAUCAUAUGUGCAUGUGAACAACCACCCGCAGAGUUUACUAUUGUCAGUCCGCGCUUGCUGUACUUGCAUACAUUCUCGUAUCUCGUUACUGAUGAUAAAUAGCAUUUUGCAGUAUAUAGUAUAAGAUAAAGCUUUACGUCGCUUAGCGAGAGGGCUGCACUCAUGAGGGCUUACGAUGCAAACAGAAAACAAGCAACAAAAAAAAUCAAGACACAUUGCAAUAACUUUUGUGGCCCCACCACAACCAACGCGCCACGCGGCUUUGCAGCGCAGCAUCCUGCGUGUUCGUUUGGUGCAACGCAGCGCGGGCGCCUGCGAGUAGUCGUAUCUUUUACCAAGCCCGUCGAGUAGCUGUUAAUUACAUGUGUAAUAAAACUAUAAGCACGACAUUCGGUAGUAUUAUGUAAAUAGUGUACAAAAAACAGGGCCGUGUACAAAACAAAAACGUAACAAAAAUCAUCAACAGCGCAGAUCAUCGUUAUUCCACGAGCUGUGUGUGUGCGUGUGCAUGUGUACAUACAUUUUAUUGCAAUCGAAACGCAACUAGAGGCGAAAAACCUGCUAUGCUACUUCUUCAUGUCCAAACAAAGUGUUGAAGAUAGAACCAACCAAACAAAAGAAAAACACAGCUUUGCGUUCUGUUGUGCGUAGCCUGUAUAAUUUAGUCUGUGAUAACUAUUAUUGAAUCGUUCGCCAAUAGAAUCAAACAAACAAACAAAAAAAACCAAAGGAAACGAAAUACCAUCCAGGGGCACCAAAGAUACAAGACACCGCAAGCCUCAAAUAGUGUGCGCUAUCGCUUCAAACAGUUCGCUUGUUCAAACAUGGGAGCAGCAGCCCAUAAGCUUCCCUUUGCUUUUCACCUACUUUCACUGUAUGCAAAUUUCGCUAAAUUUAUGCUGUCUAUCUCUUUCAAACCAAAGUAAAACAGAAACAAAACAGCUUCAAUAAUUUAUACUUGUUUCAAUAGUUUUGAUUCUCAUGUUCUUGACCCCAUCAUGCAGCGUAAGCGUUCCACUCUCUAAUACAUACAUUUUGUUUUCCUUUCAAAACAACCCCCACCCGAACUGAAACAACUCUUUCCCUCUGCUAUCACUAAACCCCUCUUCUGAACGUGGAACGACCGUCUGGCCCGUAUCCAUAUUAUCAACCAACCAACUCGACCUAACCAUGUACUUACACGUACCUUCUACACGAAUAAACUACUACUACUACUACUACUCUCCUUUCACCGACAACAAACACACGAAAAUGUACCCCGCAAAAAGGAAAGAGUCGUGGAAGAUUGAGUAUCCGCAAGAGUUCAUCAACAAAAUGUGAGCGUGCGUCACCCAUUACCGUGUGUCAUGAAGGGAGCAAUGGCGACGAGCCCUAUCGUUUAGGUUCUCCGGUCUCCCGGGCCAAAAGGACAGCACAACUAACACACACGGUCCCACACAUCAGGCAUCAUCCCACUUCGGCCAUCACCGCAUGCAUCACCGGCUUCAAAUGCUACCGUGUAAGCGCUAUAAAUGGUAGUCGCGAUCUAGGUAACACACCACCAGCGGGGAUCAAACAAAUCGCGUUUUACAGCACACCGUAUAGGAAUGAAAGUGUUAAGUUUAAAAAUUUCCUCUUUCCAAUUGGCGAACAAAACCGAAACCCACACACCUCACGCGUGUGUACACGUUUACACUAUGAACUGUUGAAUCAUACUUUCUAGCUAGAUAGGCACAGUGCGACACUGGUCGAGCAGAUGGGAAGAUUAUUCAGAUUAGCCGCGUACACUAUUUUUAACGGCGAAUGUUUCUAUUUUCUGUUACAUACUACUACUACCAGCAUCUACACUUCCCCCCUCUCUCAAGGCAGUUUUUAUCCUUCCCACACGUUAUUGUUGUUGCGAUGCGAAAGCGAUGUUCCAAACACGAACCCCUCUUUAAACGCCUCCUCUAGGCUCGCCCGAAAAAAACCCGCAGAGGAUACGCACGCCGCCGCGCCAUGGUGGCGCGUAAGACGAAGCUAAUUUCGAUGUAUGUAUUUUUCUUUUUUCUUUUUUAAACAAACACGGCUUCAGAAUCAGAGCUCGCGAGGAAAAUACAAAGAAAUACAAAAGAUAACGAUAACGAGAUUAAAUCAACACUAUCGACAAAAAAAAAUGUGAAAAAUCUUGAAGAAAGGGGCUAAACCAGCUUAAUCAUUACAGAAGUAUGUCAAGACAACUCUUACGCGAAAAAAAUGUCGAUGCCGUGAGUUUGAAAUGCUUUAUCGAUCAAUCUUUGAUAUGAAACCUAGCACAUCUAAAAACUUUGUACAUUUUUGAAUAAACCUAAUAUAUUUAUGAAAUAUAGAGCAAUGCUUGAAAGACAGAAUGAA